CUUCACUGCGGCCGCUCCCUUCUCUGGGAGUCUGGGCUCCUUUCCUAUCGCCUGCCCCGCCCAGGCGGCUGCCCGUGACCUGCCUGGGCGCAGGGAACGGAAAGCCGGAAGGGGCAAGACGAGUUCAUUCGCCAUGGGGCUGUUUGGGAAAACCCAGGAGAAGCCGCCCAAAGAGCUGGUCAAUGAAUGGUCAUUGAAGAUAAGAAAGGAAAUGAGAGUUGUUGACAGGCAAAUAAGAGAUAUCCAAAGAGAAGAAGAAAAAGUGAAACGGUCAGUGAAAGAUGCUGCCAAGAAGGGUCAGAAGGACGUCUGUGUGGUUCUAGCCAAGGAGAUGAUCAGGUCAAGGAAGGCUGUGAGCAAGCUCUAUGCUUCCAAAGCUCACAUGAACUCUGUGCUCAUGGGGAUGAAGAACCAGCUGGCGGUUUUGCGAGUGGCUGGUUCCCUGCAGAAGAGCACAGAAGUGAUGAAGGCCAUGCAGAGUCUUGUGAAGAUCCCAGAAGUCCAGGCCACCAUGAGGGAACUAUCCAAAGAAAUGAUGAAGGCUGGCAUCAUAGAAGAAAUGUUAGAGGACACUUUUGAAAGCAUGGAUGAUCAGGAAGAAAUGGAAGAAGCAGCAGAAAUGGAAAUUGACAAAAUUCUGUUUGAAAUCACAGCAGGGGCCUUGGGCAAAGCACCUAGUAAAGUGACCGACGCCCUUCCAGAGCCUGAACCUCCAGGAGCGAUGGCGGCAUCAGAAGAUGAGGAGGAGGAGGAAGAGGCCCUGGAGGCCAUGCAGUCCCGUCUGGCCACACUCCGCAGCUAGGGUCCGCCCCGCCGGGCCCUCGGGCUCUUUCCCAGCCCACCUGCCAGGAGCGGGUACACCCCUCUGAAGCAGCACCAUUUUAUGUACCUCUUGCACUACACCUCGAAAUGAGGCACUGCAUUCUGAGAAGGUUCUCUGCUCCUAUCUUUUCACUCUUUGCAGAGGUUUUGGGAUCUCAACAGGAUUGUCCUUGAGAGGUGGGGUUAUAAAUGCAUCAUUUUCAGGGGUAUAAAUAGAAGUAUCUUUUGGAGGGGAGGGCAAAGGAAUCUGUCUUCUCACAAUGCAUCAUUUUCAGGAAUAUAAACAGAAGUAUCUUUUGGAGGAAAGGGCAAAGGAAUCUGUCUUCUCCCGAAGCACUUCUGAGGAUAGAGUUGACUGCCUGAAUGUUGAGGACUCUACCGUUUUUUGUCCCUAAAACACUAUUAUAUAAAAUGGAUUUUAAUAAAUUUCUGCUUUAACACUUGGUCUCAUUGUAGCUUGUCAUGUGCAGUGAAUUUUCAAGGUGUUUUGCAGUUUCAAGUUAUAUGUUGACCUUGGAAGGAGAGGAGGUGCUACAGCCAGUCGUACGGGACGUGGAAGCUCAGCACAAGAGGCUUCUGCUCCGAGGACGCUGUUCCCCAGCCUCACAGAUGUGGUGUGGGAGCCACACUUCUGCUUUCUGUCAUCUGUUUAAGCAAAAGGAUCCUUGAGAAUUAUGACUCCUUGUCCUGUUGUCUGGAUGGCUGUAUUAUGUCCUAACAGGUGUGUGUAUGUAGUUUUCCUUGCCCUCCUUCCCAAUGCAAGUUGGACCCAGAGCAGACAGCUGUGAGAUUAGGAUUCUCUCAUCCUCGGAUUGCUUUUCUCUGCUGUUGCUGUUGUUGUUGUUCAACUCAUUUGGGUAAAUACCAAGGAGCACAGUUGCUGGAUCACUGGUAAGACCAUGUCUGCUUUUGUAAGAAACUGCCAAACUGUCUUCCAAAGUAGCUGUGCCAUUUUGCUUUCCCACCAGCCAUGACUGAGAGUUCCUAAUCCUCCACAUCCUCGCGAGUAGUUGAUGUUAUCAGUGUUUUGGAUUUUGACCAUUCUAACAGGUAUGUAGUAGU